GUGUUUUCUUUUGGAGUGAAAAUAUCUAAAAAGCCCCUCAGUUUGACACCUUACAUUAAAGCCUCGAAUACUACUACAUACAGUGAGCUUAGCGAACUCUUCGCCGUUCUCUGGUACCGAGCAAAGAGUGGAUCAGAUUCAGAGCUCUGAAACAGAGCGAGAGAGAGAGAGAGAAGCUUGGAGUCGACGGCGGUGGUAACGUGAAUGCUGUGGAGGGUUCACGCGCUUGGCAUUGCAGAGAGAGGGAGAGAGAAGGUUGUAGGGAGAGAAGGGAAUGGAGUUUGAGCCAGUGUUUGAGGUCCGAGAAGUGGACCUCGACUACGAGUUCGAUGCCUCCAUGUACUUCGAUUUCACUCGGCCGGAGACUCCAGCCGAGGCUUGCCAGGUGGAGCUCUGGUUCGAGUCCGCCGUAGAAUACCCUCCUUCUCCUUUUGUGGCAAAAUUGGUUAUGGGAGAGGAUACCCAAAUGGAAAAUGUGAAUACAUCCCCAAAAUCGAAGGACAUGGAGGGUAUUGUGGAAUCUGAUGAGGGUGUGGACCGAGAUUUUUGUGCACUGGAUGUGAAUAAAAAAGAAUGUGAAGGAAUAGAUAGAGGGAUCUUCACCAAAUUACAGAGUGGCAACCUUCAAAAAAUUCUGAAUCAACCAUUUGAAUUAACUACAGGAAUGACAUUUUAUGAUCACAUGUCCACUGAUCAACUAAAAGUUAAAGCAAAGUCUACUAUCAAGCCUGUUUUCCCUAGGUGCUCAACCUUGAUGAAACCUACGGCAAGCCAGUUGGCCAAGCAAAAUCGGCCUCUCCAAGUUGCUGUUUCCAGAUAUCAAAUGCAAGUCGUUCAAAACAUUGGGAGGAGCUUACAUACUUCUUCUGGGGUUGAAAGUCAAGCUGCCAAGAGGCAGAAGCUGGAGGGAGGUCACUUGCAUAAGGUUACAGGCACAAACCAGCAGACCAAUUUGGUCCACAAGCCACCUAAGAAGGAUGAAACAGUUGAUAAAAACUUUGCACAUGGCAAAAUGAGGCUUACCAUUCCAAGAGAGCCUGAGCUUGAAACAGCACACAGGGCCCAAAGGAUAAGGCCUAAGAAUAAUACAGAACUAGAACAUGUGAAACCUGCUGCACGUAGAUUUAAAGCACGCCCAUUGAACAGAAAAAUUCUCGAGGCCCCUUCAUUGUCAAUUCCAAAGAAGAGCACUCCAAAGUUGCCAGAGUUUCAAGAAUUUCACCUAAAGACGUUGGAGAGGGCUAUGCAACACACAUCUGCUCUUUCAUCAUCCUUGCUUAAUUGCAAUGAUUCUGACAAGGGAUUGGACAAGGCUGGCACUUCUACUGUUGCUGGAAAUGGAAAUAAGGAGUGUAAAAGACCUAGUACCAUGGAUACUCCAAAGCAGGAUGGAUCUGAUGUAAUGCACAAUUUCAAAGCUCGUCCUCUUAACAAGAAGAUAUUUUCAAGUAAAGGGGAUAUUGGUGUUUUCCGAAAUAGCAAGCGAGAAACUACAGUACCAAUGGAAUUCAAUUUCCAUACAGAAAAGAGAAUUCAGCUUAAUCCACCAACAGAAAUUUUCAGUAAACUCUCCCUGACAUCUGAACUCCAGCCAAAUAAUGGAUCUCGACUCAAAUUUCCUCAGCCUUUUUCUCUGCCUAAAAAGGGGUCAAAAGAAAACAGAUCAAAUUCUUUUCAACCAGAACAUGAGACAUUGCAUCCGAUGAGAGGAAAACCUCCUAUUUUUGGUGGAAAGCAGGUCCAAUGUGGGAGUGAUGGGUGCAUCUCUGAAGUUGGUAGGCAGGGUGUGAGGAGUUUGGGCAUCCGCUGAGAGGAAAAGAGAGCAAAAUUGCAAAAAUAGUUUUCAGUGUUGGGAGCAGAUUUGAGUUUUUUGUGUUGAGAAUGGAAGAUUGAUGAAUGUGCAUAAAAAUGUGCUACACAUCAAAGCUUAUGAAGCAUCUCUCAUUUGCUGCAUAUGGAACCCAUGGAAAGUCCGCUUCUUAACUCACCCUAUGAAGAAACUGAAGUUCGUUCUCACAAUGUUCAAUUAGGCUUUUGCUUUUUCUUACAGUUUCUAGGUUUCAGUUCAUAGUCAAAUAAAUAUGUUAAUAGGCUGGUGUUGUAUAGGCAUCAAAGGCCAUCCCUCCCCCUUAUAGCAUCAUCAUCUUCUGCCUUCUUAUGUAGCAUCAACACCACAUGUAAUGAUCAAAGUCAAGCAAUAUAACAAAUACAUGCAGUUUACUUUCCUUAUAAA